AUGGAAACAGAUUUAGCCGCUGCUUACGACGCUCGUUUGGGAGACUUCUCGAACGGCGUCAGAUGGUGGGACGAAGUGGCCCUGGGUAAGAGGGGUUAUUUUGUCCCCUCCAGCAUGCCCUCGCUGGUGCUUGAACCCGCCCACGCCCAUGAUCAGGACGUCUACACGUGCAGGAUCGAUUACCGGGUUUCGACGUCCACGACAACCAGAGUUAAUCUCACGGUUGUGGUCCCACCUGGUCCUCCUGUGGUGAUUUGGGAAGGCAGAGAGAUGGUGGGGACCGUGGGACCCCUGCAGGAGAACCAGCUGACAGAGCUUACCUGUAGGAGCGUCGGGGGGCGCCCUGCCCCUUCCCUUACCUGGUGGAAUGAAGGCAGGGAACUCCCCCUCCUGUACGCUAAUUCCUCUUUGGAUCCUGUGACAGGGACGAGUGUUGUCGAAGCCACGCUGUCAGUAACGGCCAAAAGAGAACUCCAGGGUGGAUCCUUAACCUGUUACGCCCGCACGCCUACACACCUCAACGCCUCGGAGGCAGCCAUCAUUCCCCCGCGCAGUGCCUCUGUGGCACUCAAUAUCACACUGUCCCCAGUCGAAGUCAGGAUAGUCGAACCAGAUCCAAUCGUAGCAAUGUCUGGGUCCACCGUAAGCGUCGUGUGUCGCGCCCUUGGAUCACACCCUCCGCAGAUCUCUUCCUGGUGGAGGGGUAUCAGAUCCCUGGAGCCCUCAUGUCACUCACGCCAUAUGAGAGUUAGCAAUAGCCGUCUGAAAGAGAGAACAGAGUUCAACUCAGAAUUCAGCUCCUCCUGUCUAUCCACGGGACAGAUACAGGACGGGGGUAACAUCACGACAGCCACACUGACCAUAGCAGUAACAGGAGCAGACGACGGGACGACUGUCACCUGUACAGGUGUGAAUCCCGCACUCUCCCACCAGCCUCUGUCAGACAGGAGGAAGCUCAUUGUCUACUACGAGCCCAUCGUGGACCUCACCCUCGGGAAGCCCCUGGAGGCUGGGAACAUCAAGGAGGAGGACGACGUCUACUUCGAGUGUCACAUCAAGUCGAACCCGAAGUUCCACCGCAUUGAAUGGUAUCAAAAUGGUCAGGAAAUCUUGCAGAACAUGAGGGCGGGAGUCGUCAUCAGCAAACAGUCGCUCGUCAUCAGGGGCGUCGUCAGGAGCCACUCAGGUUCCUACACCUGCGCGGCCACCAACGCUCAGGGGCGCACCGUCAGCAAUACCUUUCCGCUCACGGUCCAACAUGCCCCCAUUUGUGCCGGGUCAGCAGGCCAAGAGAGGACCCAAGGGGCAGCUCGAGGAACGGUUGUGAAGGCCAAGUGCAGAGUGGAAGCCGAACCUCCUUCCAACUUGAUCUGGUCCUGGGUGCGGAAAAGGACUGACGGCAGCGAGGAGAUUCUGUCCCUCGACAAGUACGUCGUCGAGGGACUGACGUCGACCCUGACGGUCGUGCCCGAAAGACGGGAAGACUACGGUCGACUGCUCUGCCGGGCGACGAAUAACGUCGGGCGUCAGAAGAAGCCGUGCGUAGUUAACCUUGUACCGGCAGGACCACCUGAUAUACCCACCAAUUGUUCGGCCACGACCGUCAACCCUGAUGCCCUUAAACCUGCCCUUGCUGUGACCUGUGUGGAGGGAUUUGAUGGAGGUCUGCCCCAGAAUUUCCUGCUUGAGGCGUGGCAGGAUGGUCUGGUCCUUGCAAAUAUCAGUAGUGAGUAUCCUGAGUGGGUGGUCAGUGGAAUGGAGGCAGGUAAAGGAGUCAUCUUGAACAUCGUGGGUCAUAAUGUUCGGGGUCGAAGUGACCCAGUCACCAUGAAGGUUCAAACUAGCAGUGCCCAACAUAGAGCAGCUCCAGUACAAGAUUCGGCUGUGGAAGUUCCUCCUAUCGUCGGUGCAGCCUUAGGAGUCGUGGGAGUGAUUCUGGUGUUGCUGUUGGUUGCAGUAGUCAUUGUUAGAAGGUCCUACGCUUGUCCUAGAAAACCAGUUGCUAAGAAGACAUUGUCAUCCUCCUCUACCGAAGGAUUAGACCCUGAUGUUGUGCAGUCUAUAAAACGUUUGGACAUUGUCCCGUGUGCCCAAGAGGAACACACUAAAGAAGAAGUAGAUCCAAUAUUCACUUACUCCAAGCAUAUUUACCCUUCUGGUGAUAGAGAAGACACAGAGGAAGCUCAUGAAAUUACUGAAGAAAGUAUUAAAAAUGCAGCUCUUUUGACUGAUAGGGUACAAACACAUUCCUCAGAGUCACCAAAACAACAUCAACCAUAUGACCUAGGUAGACAAAGGCUGAACCCAUCCCAUUAUCAGAGUGAGGACUCAGGAGUGUCUGAAUCAGAAUCUGACAACGAAGUCAAGAUCCCGAGGGGAAAGGAAAGGCCGUCAUCUAUAUCAUGCUCCGGAGGGGAAUCAGAUCAACCUUAUAUUGCCUUACCUAUAGACAGAGUUUUAAGGUCACAAGAAAAGGCAUCAUCUGGGGAAGAUUCGGGAUGCAGGCACUCUACGUCCUUCAUAAAUAUGACCACGACUUGCUCACCUACAAAGGAUUUAUAUGAGACACCCGAAGGAGGUCGCCAUAGUUCAAGGAUAUCCCAGAAAGGCAUUCCUUUAACCAUUCCUUUGAGGGAGAUGCCUGUAGACCCUUCCUCCCGAGAAGGACACUUAGGAUUAAGCAAGAGAGGACCUCCCUCUCGGGGAGAAAUUGUGUCACCUGUUGAGGUAAUCUGUAUUGCUGUUUCGCCGAAAGAGGUCAUCAAUCCAGUUACUAGCAGAGGCCAGAUGCCUCCCAAGAAGAACUUGCAUCCCUCACCACAAGAUGAAUCAGAACUAGAGUCAGAGAAUCCAAAAAGAGAUCCAGCAAGAAUUCUUAGCUUAGACAGAAGUGAGAUAGGAGUGCCCGUCACUUUAUACAAAGCAGAUAAUGGAGAACUCCUCUUACUGUCUACAAAAUCUGAUUACGAAGGAAUUGGGGUCCAGCUGACCACAACUCCAGUUUACACAAUAACAACUCUACCGAAAGCUUCUGGAAAGAGAGGCAAAGCCAGUCCAGACACUAGGGGAGAAGAAAAGGCUUCUAUCCAAAAGUUUCCUAUAGCUGUACCCUCAAAUGAAGGUCCCGGGACAAAACAGGUCGGUCGAAGUGAGUAUAUCCCUCCGGUACAUCCUGACGUCUGUCGGAGAGAAAGCUCAGUGUAGUGUAAUUCCUGAACUCCAAGUAAACACCUUUCAGGUUUGAACCCGCGGAAAAACAUCAACUCUUCGUUUAUCAACAGUAUUUUUCCUGAACUCUCAGGUAUCGUUAUGUCUAAAAGGUAAACACUCGGAAAUUGUGAAAUAACAAAGGAAACUGUCUGUUUGAAAUUUAAUUAAAUUGCGCAGCUAGUAGAGAUGAAUUUACAUAAAUGUUUCAGAAAGGAUUGAUUGUGUACAUUCGCUACGGAUGUUACAAAGACCUCAUCCUCAAUCUGAAUACUCAGCGUCAGUAUACUUUUUAUAUACAUAAACCUCUGUUAAUAAAUAUUUCUGGACGGUAAACACUCGACCAGAACUCUUGUACAAUGGCUGUUCUUCGUGACAUUCGAGAGGCUUAGAAGGGAAGUCUAUAUUUUUAUGUGUAUAAUCUGCAUAUUGCAGAAAUUCUAUGUAUGCAUGUAUCAUGUUGCUAAUAAAGCCUCGAUUGUAAAAGA